CGUCGCCUCGCCCGCGAUACUUAAGAAUCCGAAUCCACCCUUCGUUCUCUCCAACAGAGACCGCCGGUUUAAUCCUUCUCGUCGCUUACAAUCCACGUUUGAGACCUUCUCUUCAUUGCCAUGGUCAAGGAAACCACACUGUAUGACGCCCUCGAGGUGAAGCCUGACGCUUCCGAGACUGAGCUCAAGAAGGCCUACCGUAAGCUUGCUCUGAAGUACCAUCCCGACAAGAACCCGAAUGCAGGUGAUAAGUUCAAGGAGAUUUCGCAUGCGUACGAGAUUUUGAGCGACUCUCAGAAGCGCGAGAUUUACGACCGUUAUGGUGAGGCUGGUUUGUCCGGUGAGGGUGCCGGAGGUAUGGGAGGUAUGGGUGCCGAGGACCUCUUCUCGCAGUUCUUCGGUGGCGGUAUGUUCGGUGGAGGAGGUGGCGGCCGUCCUCGCGGUCCCCCGCGCGGAAAGGAUCUCUUGCACGCAAUUAAGGUGUCAUUGGAGGAUCUCUAUAAGGGGAAGGUGUCGAAGCUCGCGCUCCAGAAACAUGUUCUUUGCGCCAAGUGUGAGGGACGUGGUGGAAAGGAAGGGUCUGUCAAGAAGUGUGGUGGAUGUGAUGGUCAUGGUGUCAAGAUUGUUACUCGUCAGAUCGGGCCGAUGGUUCAGCGCUUUCAGGCUCAGUGUCCCGACUGUAAUGGAGAGGGUGAGACGAUCAAGGACAAGGAUAGGUGUAAGGAGUGUCACGGAAAGAAGACCGUCAACGAGCGCAAGGUUUUGCACGUUCACAUCGACAAGGGUAUGAGGGAUGGCCAGAAGAUCACCUUCAAUGGUGAGGCCGACCAGCAACCGGGUGUCAUUCCUGGAGAUGUUAUCUUCCAGAUUGAUGAGAUGGCGCAUGCUCGCUUCAAGCGCAAGGGUGAUGAUCUUUACUACCAGGCCAAGGUCGACCUUUUGACUGCUCUUGCUGGUGGGCAGAUUGCUAUCGAGCACUUGGACGACCGUACCAUCAUCGUUCCCAUUCUUCCGGGUGAAGUCAUUAAGCCAGGAGAGGUCAAAGUUAUCGAAGGCCAGGGAAUGCCUUCUUACCGUCAUCACGAUCAUGGAAAGCUCUAUGUGCAGUUUGAGGUUGAGUUCCCUGAACGCCACUGGGCAUCUGAGGAAGAGAUCAGGAAGUUGGAGGGCAUCUUGCCGCCAAGGAAGACUCCUUCGAUCAAGAAGGGUGCGCAUACGGAGGAGGUUAUGAUGACUGACAUCGACCCUGCUCAACAGGCUCGCGAGAAGGCUAGGAUGGACGAUGCUAUGGACGAGGACGAUGAGGAGGGUGGUGCUGGACCAGGCGUGCAGUGCGCUCAGAGUUAAACGCAGACCUAAUCGCAGAAAAGGGCAAAGUUUUUUAGAUUCAUUUUCUAG